AUGUGGGUAGCCCAUUUCGCUCCAGCUCUCAUCUUGAAACGUUUCGCUCCCUCCACCCCCAUCACCCUGCUCGCCCUCGCCGGUGUCUUACCCGACUUUUUGUUCUUCAUUAAUGUCCUCCUCGGCCUCGAGGAGAUAAAGUAUCGGCCACAUGAGGGGUGUUUUCCGUAUGAGUGCAAUUACCCGUUCACGCAUUCUUUGUUGGGAGAGGCUGUUCUUGGUACCGGGUUUGGGUUGAUCGCCAUGACUCUCCUCGAACUCCCCAUCUCCUCCUUCAUCGCGAUCUUUCUCGCCGCCGUCUCGCACUGGCCCCUCGACGUCCUCGUCCACCGCAAAGACGUCUCCCUCGCCCCCGGCGACCACCCAACCCUCUUUGGCUUGAGCCUCUUCGACUCCUCCGUCGCGGUCUUCGUGAUUGAUCUCGCCAUGAUCUUGGCUGCGCUGUAUUUCCACGCUCUCACCACUCGUUCCCUCAACCCUGGGAAGAGCCAGAAGGUGUACUUGAUUUGGGUGUUGGUGUUUACUGCUGUCCAGGCGAAUUUCUCGUUCAUGUCUGCGCCGACGGAGAAUGCUAGGUUUGUUCAUGCUCCGAUUUUUGCGGGACAGUUGUUGUCUCUGUCAAUUGGGAUGAAGUAUUUCGACAAGUGGACCAAGCCCAAGACGGGUCCUAUCAAGAAGGAUCUCUAA